CAUUCCGCCGUGUUCAACCAAGAUCAUAACAAGAAGACCAACUUUCUUCAACAAAGUUUGUUUGUUGCAUGUUUAUCGAGACGGGAUUUUCCUUUCCUUGUUCUGUUCGUUCAUAUCGUUUCAAAAGUUGAGUAAACAGCUUCAUUUGUGAUUUUAUUUAUACUACAGAAUAUUCGUCACACUACUAAAAUAAAAAGGUCGUCAUACGAGUUACAGCUGUACUGUCUUAAGAUUUUGUAAAAUUGAUAUAUCCUAUAGAGGUAAAUUAAUUCAAUCAGAAAAUAAAAGUAGUGUUACAAGGGUGUAAACUUACGAAGAAAUGACUGUUGGAAACAUCAUGACUUCGAAACCCAAAACAGUAAAUAUAUCGGAGUCGGUCCAAAAAGCCCGCGAUGCAUUCAACCGCGGGGUGACGCGCCCCAUCGAAUGGCGGCGCAAACAGCUCCAGAGCCUGCUCAGGAUGUACCAGGAAAACACCCAGGCCAUGAUCGACGCCCUACACGCGGACCUGCGCAGGAGCAAAAUGGAAGCUGUCCUGCUCGAAGUGGACUACCUGAUCAACGAUCUUAAGAACACUUUACAUUAUCUCGACGAGUGGGUCAAGCCUACACACCCCUCGAAAGGCAUAGUGAACAUUCUAGACGAAGUGGUAAUCUACAACGACCCUUACGGCGUGGCUCUCAUCAUCGGAGCGUGGAACUACCCACUCCAGCUGCUACUCCUGCCAAUGGCUGGCGCCAUAGCUGCCGGGAACGCCGUCAUCGUCAAACCUAGUGAGCUGUCGGUGGCUUGUGCCAAGUUUGUCGUCGACAUGCUGCCCAAGUACUUAGACAAUGACGCAGUGGUGGUGGUCGAAGGAGGUCCCGAGGAGACUACCCAGCUUCUGAAGGAGAAGUUCGACUACAUCUUCUACACGGGCGGCACCAACGUUGGCAAGAUCGUGUACGAAGCGGCCACGAAGCAUCUGACCCCGGUCACUCUCGAGUUGGGUGGCAAGAGCCCCGUCUACAUUGACAACACGGUGGACAUAGUAGUCACAGCGAAACGGAUCCUCUGGGGAAAGUUCAUCAACGCUGGACAAACUUGCAUCGCUCCAGACUACGUCCUCUGCUCCAAGGAGGUCCAGGACCGGUUCGUGGAAGCAGCCACGAAGGUCCUGAAAGAGUGGUAUGGAGAGGACCCACAGAAAUCACCCGAUCUAUGCAGGAUUGUCAACCACAGGCAUUUUGGACGUCUGCAGGCACUGUUAGACGCCAGCAAAGGUAAAGUAGCCAUUGGCGGGAAAUAUGACGCGCAGGACAAGUUCAUUGAACCCACCAUCGUAGCCAAUGUGUCCGCGAACGACAAAAUCAUGGAGGACGAAAUAUUUGGCCCCAUCUUGCCCAUAGUGCCCAUAGAUAAUGCUUAUGAGGCAAUCAAAUUUAUUAACCAAAGGGACCAUCCAUUAGUACUAUACGCGUUCAGCAAUCAAAGCAACAUAAAAAAGUUGUUCGCUGAACAAACUCGGUCUGGCAGUAUCUGUAUCAACGACACGAUCAUGUUUUACGGCGUGGAGACAUUGCCAUUCGGCGGUGUCGGUAACAGUGGCAUUGGGGCGUACCACGGGAAAGCCUCUUUCGACACAUUCACACACAAGAAGAGUUGUCUGAUAAAGAAUUUCGCUGUGAUUGGGGAAAAACUGGCUUCUGGACGCUAUCCCCCAUACUCGGACGGCAAACUGAAGAUGAUCUCCGGUCUGAUGCGCAAGAAGUACGGGCCAUCGCUAAAGUUCGUGCCGUAUUUGCUCGCGUUCGCGCUCGGUGCAGGACUGUCCUACGGUGUCUUCGCUUGGAACAAGAUGGCUUCUGAAGAUUUGUAAAGUGACUGAUUUUGAUCUUCGAUGGAUGCCUUGAAAUUUGUUGGUAGACGGAUUGUGAUAAUUUUAUACCUUAGCUAUUAAGCUUUCUGUUCCAUUAUGCACAAACUUGCAUUUAUUGUUUUACUUAAAUUAUAUUUAUAAUAAUUUCAUAUUUAUUAAAACGUCAAAAUAUUGUGUGGCGCUAUUUUUAUAAAACUUUUCACGUAACUGAAUAUUAAGUUUGCUCUAUAUAUUUUAUUGAAUCGAAUAAAUAUUUUUGUCUAUUUUCAUUAGCACUUUAUAAUAUUCAAUUUGUUUAUUCAGACUGACUUGGCCAUUUAAAUUAAUCUAUAUAAGUGCUUGUGUAGUAUAUCUACUGAUUUAUUAUUUUUAAUUAAUAAUUUAAAAUUUGCCUUUUUAACUGAAUGGGUAGAGGAUAAGAAACAGAGAUUUUUUUUUAAUCUAAGAAGAAAACCUUGAUUUAAUAGAAGUCUUUGUAUGUGCUUUUGUGUUUGUAUGUGCUUCGUUUUUUUACUUAACGUUUUUUGUAAUUCUAGAUGUCUCAAAUUUGAUAUAAAUAGGGAAUGGCCGCGAACACCGCGUAACGAGAAUGUGGAAGCGCCUUUCACACGCACUCAUUCUCUUUCUACAUUCUAAUCUCUAUCAAUCUUAUAGAUUCAUAGAACGAUGAAUCAAGAUUUGCGCCAUGUUUGCCGAUUGAAAAAAAUAAUUAUGUAUAUGCUAUAUAAUAGUAUAAUUUUCAUAUUUUGGUUACAACAACAAUGUACUAUUUAUGUGUUAGUUAUGUUAUUUAAUAUAGGAGCGGAAAGCACCAAUGUUAUACUUAGUUACUAAGAAAAAAGUAACAUUUCGAAGGGGCCUUAUAUACAUGUCGAAUUUUGAGUGCUACUAAUAUUGAUUAAUAUACAAUUUUACUGUGUUAUAUUGUCGUACAGGCAAAAGAAAAACUAUCUAUAUUACCUAUUUCUAUUGCUAGUUAAAAAUACAUAUCAGGUUUAUUUAAAAUAAAUUAUUUUAUUUAAA